UUCUUUGGCGAGCAAUUUAAAUUUGUUACACAGGUGUAGUAGUUGGGACAUGGUACGAGAUUCCCAGGAUGCUGAACAAGGUAAUGGGCCUAAGAUUCGCUUGGAAGAAGGUUCUGACUUGGUUGAUAAUGAAGGUGAAAUAGGUGUUGUUUCUACUGACCACAUUGUGGCUCCGAGAAAUGAAGAACCAGAGCAGGAAUUUGUUGCAGAAGUUUUUACUUCAGAAAUACCAAGAAUAGCAACAUCAUUAACAAACUCGCAAACAGUUGAAAAGCCAACACCUUCAAAUCCAUUGGUGGACACACAGCACACUAGUGAACCGUGUUUGAUGGAGCAGAAAAAACCACUUGGUGAAAUUCCAAAGAGUUUUGAGCAAGUUGCCGUAGAGGAAACCAUAGCAAAGAACACCAAUAUGACAGCUUCAUCAAUUUUUUCCGAAUCCACGACCUCUAAGUUGGAUCCAACAGUUACUUUACUAAGUAAAUCACAUCCACAUCAUGGUGAAAUUAACAGCAGCCAAACUGAGGCACGCAUUGCUAAAGAAAGUGAAGGCCAUCCUAAAAUCAUUCAAGACUUUGGGGCCAAUGAUAUCACGAGUUUAUUUGCACCAGUUGUUGUUGGGAAAAAGGGUGAAGAUAAGCUAGUUGGAAAGACCCUUGCUGAGUUAGAAAAGUAUCUAAAGAUGUCUCUGAAGGAUAUAGUUAGCUCUGAGACUAACAGCCUUUGCCUUUUGUCUGCUCUUAAUUUCCUUUCCAACCUUCCUUUCAAAGAUGUGAAAGUAUCAGAUGGACUGAAACAUAUUAUAGACACUAUGCACCGACACUUGCCAAGCAUUCUAUUCUCCUUUAAGCAAGGCUUUGCCACCACUGACAAGUUGGCAGAACUUGAAGCUCGUGCGAAUGAGGUGACCAUUAAAAAGAAGUUCUAUGAUGAAGUUCAACGGAAGGAAGUAGUUUUGAAGCAACAAAUCAUUAGGUUGAAGGAAGAAAUAAGAGUUUGUGAGGUUGCCUUAUCAUCUCUGGAGGAGGAAAAAAACAAAUGCAUUGCGGAAACUGUAGAAUACAAAACGGAGCUUGAAAAUGCGAGGAAAGACGAAUCUCAAAUGUUGGAGGUGGCUCAUAAAUGGUCAGUUCUGUGUAGUGAAUAUGAGCUCAAUCGCAUGGCUGCUACAAAUCGCUCGUGAGGGUUUUCGUUGUUCAUUAUUAUUAAGGUUAAUGUCUUAUGUUUUUUCUAGUGGUUUAUGCUUCAAUAAGGUAGCUUGGUCCUAAAUUAACUUAAUGUGCACCCAACACCACUCAUCAUAUAGUUUCAGUUUACUUUCCAAAUUUCGAUUGUUCUAUUUUGUUGUAUGUUUGGUAUCUUAUUUGUGUGUAAGAGGUUGUUCUUUCUUUCUUCAAUGAAUGUCUUUUGUCUUCUCUGUAGGGACUGUAUCGUUGUCAUUUUGUAAUACUUUAUUUUUGUUUUAA